UGGAUCUUUGACGGGGCACGGCCUUGCCGCCCCCAUUUGAAACACGACCGAACACUCGGGCCGCGAACAAUCGAAUUAUUUUCUAAGUUCAGAGUAGUUGAGAUAUCUCUAGAAGUAUAUUAUCACAAAAAUAUAUACAUCAACAUCCCAGGACGGGUCGUCGGAUUGUCGCUUGUCGUCGCAGUGUCGUUGGGUCGCGAAUCAAAUAAUAUAAACAGAUUUCCGCUGCAGCUGCGAAACAAUGCAACAAUGUGAGACGGGGCAGCAGCGAGAGACGAAGCAGCAGCAGCGAACCCAAGCAGUUCGGUCAGCAUACCCAAGCAGCAGAAGAACCCCACGCCCCCAUCCACAGCUGUUGAGCGCGGACUGCAACGCCUACGUCUACGCCUACGCUAACGUCUGCUGAGGCAGCAGCAGCAGGGAAAAACGAGGAGAGCGCAAGCUGAAAAGGAGAGCGACAGACUGAUACGCGGCAGAGUGAGAACGAGAGUGAGAGAGUCACGGGAGAGAGCGUUGUGUAGGUAGGCCAAGGCCAUGCCCAGCACAGCCGGAAGCGCCGCCAGCGUCGGAGCUUUGAUCAACAGCGCCGGCAGCAGCGCCAGCGUCAUGGGCAUCGGUGCGGGCGGCGGCAGUGGCGUGGGCACAGGUGUGGCUGCUGUUGCCGCUGCCGAGGUGGGCGCUGGCGCAGCAGCUGCCGCCUCAGCAGGCACCUUGAUAGCGCAGAGUACGGCGGGUACGAGCGCCGCCAGCGGCACGAUCACAUGGGACAACAACGGCACCCUGCGUUCCAUCAAUCCCGGCGACUGGUCCAUCGAGCAGUGCCUCAACUGGCAGCAGCCGCACCAUCUCUACUUUCAGCUCGGCUGGGCCUUCCUCUUCCUGGCCUUCCUCGCCCCCCACGGCCCCUUCGGCUCGCUGUGGAUGCGUGCGAUGCUCCUCAUCGGCUGCAUCAUGAUGGGCAUGUAUGGCUAUCUGGUGGAGUGCACACCGGAUGUGGUCCUUUGGUCGGGCCUUGGCAUCGGCGUCAAUUUCAUCUAUCUUAUUGUGGUUCUCUGUCGCCUGAGACCCGUGCGCUUUGAGCAGGAGAUUGAGGCGGUAUACAUGGCCCUGUUCCAGCCGCUGCAUGUGACGCGCCAUCAGUUCAAAAAGGUGCUUAACUGCAUGAAGGUGAUACGUGCCCUGAAGUACCAGGAGGUCUAUGCCCAGGAGAAGGUCACCAAGGUCGAUAGCCUGUCGCUGGUGCUGAGUGGCAAGUUGGUUGUCUCGCAGCAUCAGAGGGCAUUGCAUAUUGUGUUUCCCCAUCAGUUCCUAGACUCGCCGGAAUGGUUUGGCGUCUCGACCGAUGAUUACUUUCAGGUCUCCAUUAUGGCCAUGGAGGAGUCUCGUGUUCUCAUCUGGCAUCGGGACAAGCUUAAAUUGUCAAUUAUGGCCGAGCCCUUCUUGCAGACCGUCUUUGAUCAUAUACUGGGCCGGGAUGUUGUGAAGAAACUUAUGCAGGUCACACAGGUCUGGUCUGGGUUCUCCGCCCUGCCCCUGCCCCACCGCCGCCCCGUGAGCGAAUCGAUAGCCAGCAAUGGCUUCCUGCCAUCGGGAGGCUAUGCGGAGGAUGCCGAGGAUAAGCCGAUGCUCAUACUGAAGAAGAGCGUCGAUGUGGGCCAUGGACUGACGGCGCUGAUUAAUCGUCAAUUGCAGGAAGAGCAUGUUCCCUUACUUGGUCGCACGUACAAACAACAACUGCAACUGCAACUGCAACAAGAACAACUGCAACUGCAACACCAACUGCAAAUGCAACUGCAACUGCAACCAGAGCCACGAGUGCACGAGUCCUCCUCCAUCGCGAACAACAACGAUCAAAGUGCUUUGUGAAAUGAACGAACGGGCAAUGAAGAUCAAAUGCUGCUACAACGAUGCUAAUCGCUACUCGCUCCGCCACUUGCCAUACCAACAAAACAGUUCGCCUCUGACCAAAAAACCAGACAACAAUCAAUCACCACAGCCACCAACACCACCGCAGAAGGCACACAUAUGCACACACACGCACAGGAGUCCACCCACCAACAGCAGCAAAGGCAGCAGCAGCUAUCAUCAGUCCACCAGUCCAUCAGUUCAUCAUCCACUCAUCAACCCGAUCCGAUCGCAGAGAGAGCCAACGCCAACUCCAGCGCCUAAUCAUCACUCCAGCAGCAAUCAUCGCAUCGCAUCUCAUAGAAUCUAGCACACAGAAACAAACACACACACUCACGCUCCUCCCCGUCCCCGUCCACCCGUCUAACCAGAUAGAAUCACUCUGAAAGCAUUACGAUAUGUACUCUAUAUUGUUUGUAUAACCAACCGAACGAGAAACCCAAAACCCAAUCCAAACAAAUUGCCAGGCAACACUCGAAUUUCACAGACUAAACAAAAUUUCUCACUUGUCACUCGCUCGCACAACGAAAUUUUCCACAGAAGUACGGAAAUUUCUUAUUGAAGUCCAUCGAUCAGAGCCGCUAAUGAAAUAACAUAGAAAAGGUAGAUCUGAAUUGAAUCAGAGGAAUUUGUUGGAGUUAAUUCAAAUCCUUGAAUGUCUCACGACGUCGCGUGUGAGUUGUAGUCAAACCAGAUGUGAACAUGAGAUACUCGACAGAUCAUGAUCAAACGUACACAUACCUGAGGUUGAUUGGAUUAUGAAUACAUAGUUACAUGUGUAUGGUAUCUUGUAGUUUAAAUGUUUGUUUGACGCUGAUCAUGAUUCUCUGACAGAUGAUCUUGUAGCGAGUCGAGAUUUGAAGCUGAUAGACACUUGUGACUGAACAUGAGCACAGAUUUGAAUUAGAUUAAGAUACUUGACUGUAAUUAGAGAGAUUCUUCAUCAUAGAUUAGACAUUUAGUUUAGAUUAUGUUCUGUUUUAGCACCAGAAUAUCAAUCAAUAAAGAUUCUCCAUCUGAAUCUCGCAUAGAUUGUAUCCUUAAAUAGAAAACGAUCAAAGAGACACUAAAAUUGAACACAAAGCAGCUUAAAAAUCCUUGACACAUAAUCAUCGAUUCAGCUGCUUGAAAGGCAACAGUCAACUGGCUUCAGAACAGCGCUCGAAUCCAUCGUUUCUUCAAUGGUGACGAUCGAGUGACAAGUGAUGAUCAAUUAUAAAUGAUCUUUUGAACCCACGUGAACUCUUUCAAAAAAUCAGUUCUCUGAAUGAAUUUGUUAUCUAAUAUACUUUCUAUCAAUUUGUUUGUCAUUAACACAUUUUUAAUAUUAUUAUUAUUAUUAUUUGUUUUGUUUGUAUUCUCCACAUUUAUAUUGAUUUGCAUACAAAUUGAGCGCGAAAACUAAUUAGAAUUAAUAAUGAAUAAUAUUUAAUACUGUGUAAGCAAUACACCUAGGCACCUAAGUCGUUGUAUAUACAUAACAUAACAUAACAUAACAUAACCCAUACAUGCAAUAUAGUACAUACCAUAUAUACAUACCAAUACAAAGUUGUAUAUAUGAUCUGCUGUGUAUAAUCGCCCCGCUCCAAGUCCCUGCUCCCCAACACCACCAACCACACAAGAUACCCCCAACAAAUAAUUAUUUGUAUAACGAAAGGAAUCAAUGUGAAUGUGUAAACAAGCCAAAAACGAAAGCAAAUAAAAAACUAAAAAUCAUAUUA